UGGAUAUUCUCCCGCGCGUCUGCUCGCGCCAUAUUCCAAAGUGCCGGCGAGUGUGGCUUACAUGUUCAAACACGUCUGACACGAACUUUUUACCUCGUGAUCGAAGGCAAAAAAUAUCUAUUUGUGCAAAAGCUAAGAGUGCACUAGAAUUUACCUUAAACGUUAACAUGGUGUCAUCAGGAGUCAUUAAGUGCAGCGCUCGACAACUCAAUCUGGAUGUGACACUGACGUGUGGGCAAGCUUUUAGGUGGAAGAAGAAUAACCACUCUGAAUGGAUUAGUACUUUUGCAGGCAGGGUAUGGUGCCUGAGGCAGGAUGACGACGGAAACAUCCACUACCGGGUGCUCAAUGUUGUUAACAAUGGAUUGUGCUCUCCAAAUAUUGAUAAUUCACCCGCAGUAUCCCGCAGCAGAAAGCGGAAACGCUUGGAGAGUCUGUCAUCAGGAGAAAAUGAAGACCUCUUGAGAGACUACUUUCAGCUGGGAGUGGACUUAGAGAGCCUCUACACUGAAUGGUGUCGUGUAGACCCUACCUUCAAGGCAACUGCGAACUACCUCCCAGGAAUCAGAGUACUGCGACAAGAGCCCUUAGAGGCUCUGAUGGCCUUCAUUUGCUCAUCCAACAAUAACAUCACUCGCAUCAGCUCUAUGGUUGAAAAGCUGUGCACCAUGUAUGGAACUAAGCUUCUUGAGGGCAAAGAAGGGUCCUUUUAUGCCUUUCCUACGGCUGCGCAGAUGGACCGAGGAGGGGUUGAGGCAGAGCUGAGGGCUGCUGGCUUUGGAUACAGAGCAAAGUAUGUGCAUGGCACGGCCAAGGCACUUGCCACACGGGAUCCUAUGUGGUUGCAAUCACUUAGGGGUGCCUCUUAUGCUGAGGCGCACCGCCAACUCGUUGAACUUCCUGGUGUCGGUGCAAAGGUGGCUGACUGCGUGUGCCUAAUGGCACUGGACAAGGCUGAGGCAGUGCCAAUUGAUGUGCAUGUCUGGCGCAUGGCAACUCGGCACUACCUGCCCCAUCUUAGGUCCCUGAAGAAUCUUUCAGCAGUUGCCUAUAAAGAAAUUGGUGACCACUUCAGGGAACGCUUUGGCCCCUAUGCUGGCUGGGCACAGUCUGUGCUGUUCACCUCCGAUUUGAAGAAGCACACCAAGUCCAGUCCAUCAGAAUCUGAAGAUAUAAAAGAGAGUGCCACUUAAUAGAUCAGACCAGCAGACAAUAUUUUCUUCCGUGAUGUCAUCCAGCAUAGGUGUAUGCAUAGGGAAACAAAGACAAGGAGGAAGUAGGCCCACACAUGGAAAAUAAAUAUUUUAUUCCAAGCAAACGUAAAAAAAAAACAUUUUUUUCUUCUCGUUUUCAUUGACAGUCACUUCAAAGAGCAAAUAGGAAUAUAUUAAUUUUCAAUGUGCCCCAGUGAAAUACAUUGGCAUUCCAGUUAAUUGUGUGUUUCAAUGCAUAAAACAGCCUUUUCUUUAAAAAAGAAAUGUAAGAGGGACAACAGUGCAUUCUUACUGCAAGUUUGAUGGCACGUAUCUCGAAACUACCUGCCGUGGUGGCAUAGUGGCUAUGGCAUUGCGCUACUAAGCCUAGGCGUGCGGGACUGAAUCUUGGCCAUGGCAGCUGCAUUUUGAUGGGGGUGAAAUGCAAAAGCACCCGUGUGCUGUGCACAGGUGCACAUUAAAGAGCCCCAGGUGGUCAGAAUUAACCCGGGGUCCCCCACUAUGGUGUGCCUCAUAGUCAAAUUGUGGUUUUGGCACGUAAAAGCCUAGAAUCUUAUUUUAAUUUUUUUAAUAUCUCGAAACCGGUGCCAUCCUCAGAAUUCGUUCCAAGUCUGAUAAGCCUUGCAUACUUGCUAGCUACAAUUUGUAGAUUGAAAUAUGUGCCAUAAAGUAACUAAUAGUUAAUCUGUGUAAUUAUGUUAAUUACUCCGUUAAACAUUUUUAUUUCUCAUAGAAGUAAUGGCCACCUCAUUGAGUAAUGUAGAUGAUGGGUUAGAAUUGUGCAAUCUGCCACAGGCAACUUUUUCAAAUGUGUAGCUAAAAAGAGACACCCUGUAUACCGCUCUGAAAUAUACGACGGAUUUGUCAGGAAUUUUGCAAAACCCUUGUAAACUUGACAAUUUCACAUAGGCUGUAAAUUUAUAUAUUAAGUUGGCCCCCGCUUGAGAUGCUCUAGGACAUGCAGUUUACAGAACUGUUAUAGCUAUUUGUGGUGCAGAGUUGCGUAUUUGCAAUGUUCGUGCUUUUCGAAAAAAUUGAGUUCUGGACAUUUUUGCAAUUAAUUCGAGGUCCUAAAUCAAAAUUAUGCUUCCUAGAGUUGAUAAAGUUUAAUUGUAUCUCUCAAAUGCAACAAAUUUCAUUUAAAUCAGUCCAGCUAUUGUCUUAAAUGCAUUUUGUAUGUAUCUGAAUGGGGAAAUCAGAGUUGGCCUGAAGCUAAAGCUUCCUCUUUAAGGAAACCUGCAAUCUCCAAUUCUCCAAUAAGCAAGUCCACCCAGCAACUAGAUAACUUUCAAGAAAAUUUGAGCCAAAUGUGAACACAUGCAGAAAAUAACCUACACUUUUGUUCAAAAAGCUGCAGCGGCUAUCUGAAAUUAAGUGCUCAUAAGACAUUACAGAUGACAGCUUAUUGGGCAGAUGAGCUGGAUACCUUCAAUGGCCACAACCGAUCAGUGGCAGCUUAUGGACUGCAGGAGUCAUGAAAAGUGGGCAAAAAACGAAAAAUGAAAGCAAACUACAGCAACUCAAAGUGUGCAGCAGCAUCAAUACAAGACAUGCUCAGGCAAGGGUUGUUGCCCGUCUGUUUUUCUAUAGGCACAGCCAACUAAUAUACAUGUGUCACUGUUUUGCACUUCAGCACAUCCACACUGGGAUGCGCAAACCUUUUUUUUUUUUUUUUAAUUCUGCAUUCAAAGUAUUGUAGAGCUCUGGCAUCACAAGCAACCACAAGAUUCAUUCCUUUCAAAGCCAUAGUGGGGGGAAAAUAAACUCCCUUUUCUCUUUACUUUUACUUUGUCUGCAUUUUCCCAAUACUCUUUGCUUUUCUUAACAUGGAACCCUCUUCUCUUAAAGCAACCACUGUUUCACCAUCUCUUUCCAACCGGUCCAUGAGGAGGAGCACUAUCCCUCUUGAUUGUAACCUACCAGGAAAUCGCACCUGUCCCGUUACCCGGUAGACGAGCCUGACGACGCCGACAGUAGUACCGCCAACGGCAUUUUCUCUGUGUCUGCCUUCGCUAACAUCGCCGAUGAGCAGUACCGAGACCUACCGCUGCGAGCACUCAUCGAGCGUCUGCGCUCUACACCUACCGACGCGUCCGUUCGCCGCUAUGUUCUUCAGGGCGGCAUUCUGUACCGAAGGAACUUCCUCCCUGACGGAUCUGAUCUUCUUCUUGUCGUGCCAAAACAUCUACGACAGACUGUGCUCUUUGAGAUGCAUGACGCACCUACUGCAGGACAUUUUGGCGUAACCCGCACGUACGACCGCGUCCGCCGCCGCUUCUAUUGGCCUGGUCUCGCUCGCUCCGUCCGACGCUAUGUUGCUGCCUGUGAUACCUGCCAGCGUCGGAAAACACCUCAGGUGCUACCUGCCGGUCAUCUCCAGCCGAUCACUGUCCCUGUGGAACCGUUCUUUCGUGUUGGAUUAGACCUCCUCGGUCCCUUUCCCACGUCAUCCUCUGGGAACAAAUGGGUAGCCGUCGCAACUGAUUACGCCACCCGAUACGCUAUCACGCGGGCUCUCCCUACCAGUUGCGCCACUGACGUCGCGGACUUUCUCUUGCGUGACAUUAUCUUACUUCAUGGCUCCCCGCAACAGCUGCUCACUGACCGUGGUCGUAACUUCCUCUCGAAAGUUAUCGCCGACAUUGUACGUUCCUGAUCCACUCAGCACACGCUGACUACCUCAUACCAUCCUCAAACCAAUGGCCUGACAGAGCGGUUAAACCGUACUCUUACCGAUAUGCUGUCCAAGUACGUUUCCAAGGACCACCACGACUGGGACAUUGCCCUUCCUUACGUCACAUUUGCUUAUAAUUCUUCCCGGCACGACACCGCCGGAUUUUCUCCCUUUUAUCUACUCUACGGUCGCGAACCGACCUUGCCCCUUGACACGGCACUUCCUCCUGCUUCGAUCUCAACAAACGAGUAUGCGCGCGAUGCCAUCGCCCUCGCCGACCAUGCAUGCCAGCUUGCCCGUGCUCGACUGACGGACUCUCAAACCACUCAGCAGCGUCAGUACAACGCCCGCCACCGUGACGUACAGUUUUCGCCUGGUGCGCUCGUGCUCUUGUGGUCGCCCUCUCGUCACGUCGGACUUUCACAAAAGCUCCUUUCGCGAUACACAGGGCCGUACCGCGUGCUGCGCCAGGUGCUGCCUGUGACGUACGAAAUUGCCCCUGUGAACUCAACCUCGUCAUCUACUGUGGCAUCUAGUGAUGUCGUGCACGUCGGUAGGCUCAAGGCCUACUACACUGCUUCCGAGUCCGGCCUUUAGUCGCUCCGGGACGGCGCUUUUGUCGCCGGGGGUAGUGCUACGGAAUAGUAUUACCGAUGACGAAGAGGCGAGCAGUAAGAAGACGACGACGACGACGAUUGGAGGCUAGCGCGGGCUGUUGCCUCUUGGCCAAGUGCGGCGUAUUACGUUGUAAAUAUACUUGUAUAUAGCUUUUCAUCUGCGUCUUCUUACGUAACAAUAUUUAGACUAGGUAGGAGUACUUCCCCCUUACCCAACCCGAUGUGUCCAUACAACAGGAAAACACAUUAGGAAAGUGUCAAACUGACAUGUUUACUCACCCCCUACAAUUAAAUCUACUCUUCCCUACACAAUACUACCCUGAGUGUAGGUUCUGUGGUAAAUCGGGUACACUCUACCACAUCCUAUCCUACCAUCCUAUGUGAUCAGAACCCCGACCUAUCCCCCAUCUCCAAUACUUUCUGUGAGCAGUGGGAUAGUGUGUUGUCCAGUGCACGCCUCGUUGACCGGCAGCCUGUGCCAUAUCCACCAAUCGACUACCAGACUAGGAAGCCACCCCACAAUUCAUUUUCAUUAUUUUGCUCAAUAAACGCCUUUCUCUCUCUC